CCCACUGCCCAGGAGGGUGAUUUCCUCUCCCCAGCAGCAUUACAGCCCUGGGAGCCCAGAAGGGCUCUGGACACCAGGACAGUGUCACCACCCCGUGCAGCAGGGAGCGAGUGGCACCAGCCUCCUCCCACCCCUAUGGCAGAAUGUGGGGCACAGCGGGCACGGGGGCGCGGAGCAUCCGUCCCUACCAGUCCAGCCAGCAGUACCUGUACGCCAUGAAGGAGGACCUGGCAGAGUGGCUGAAGGAGCUCUAUGACCUUGACAUCGAGGUGGGCACCUUCUUGGAGGUGCUGGAGACGGGGGCUGUGCUCUGCUCCCACGCCAACCACGUCACCCAGGUGGCCGAGGAGUUCAGCCGUGCCUGCCCCGAGGUGGCCCAGCGCCUCCACCUGCCCACCAGCGGCGUCACCUGCAACCUCACAGCCCAGCCAGGCACCUUCCAGGCCAGGGACAACGUCUCCAACUUCAUCCAGUGGUGCAGGAAGGAAAUGGAUAUCAAAGACGUCCUGAUGUUCGAGACAGAGGACCUGGUGCUGAGGAAGAACGAGAAGAACUUUGUGCUGUGCCUGCUGGAGCUGGCUCGCCACGCCUCCCGCUUCGGCAUGAGUGCCCCCACCCUGGUGCAGAUGGAGGAGGAGAUCGAGGAGGAGAUCAGGCAGGAGCUGGACCUGCCUGCCAUGGACACCGCCCUGCCCCGGCCCCCCAGGGCACCACGGGACCUCCACAACCUCGACCAGAUGGUCCAGCACCUGGUGAGCCGCUGUUCCUGCCCUGUCCAGUUCCCCAUGGUCAAGAUCUCGGAAGGGAAAUACCGUGUGGGGGACUCUGACACCCUCAUCUUUGUCCGGAUCCUGCGGGAGCACGUCAUGGUGCGGGUCGGGGGCGGCUGGGACACGCUGGAGCACUACCUGGACAAGCACGACCCGUGUCGCUGCACCUCGCUCUCUCACAAACAAGCCUGCAAAGCCCGCAGCCCGCAGCAGCAAGUGCAGCACGAGGUGCGGCUGUGCCCGGCCCCGGGAGCGGCCGCCCGCAGCCCCCACCCCCAGCCCGCGCUGCUGGUCAGCCGCUCCCAGAGCCCCCUGCCCCCCGUCACCUGGGGGGGCCGUGUCCCCCCCGGCCCCCGCUGCCCUGCCACCCCCUCGGGUCGCCAGCAGAGUGCCAGCCCCCACCGGGAGCCAGCGCAGCCCCGGAGGGUCCCUUCGGGCAGGCAGCUGCCACCAUCCCGGUCACCUGCUCGACCCAGCUCGCCCGGGCACGGGGCGAGGGGCCGGGCACCCACCCCGUCCCGCCUGAGCCUCCCGAACGGCGCGGGGGUCCCCAGGGCACCGCAAGGGACCAGCCCAGGGAAAACCACCCCUGUGGCACCGGCACGGGGCAGGUCCGCAGCACCCAGCCCACGGACGGUACCAGCGCCUCCAAGAAGCGCCCAGCAAGGAGGAAAAUCGUCUGUGGCGGCUGCCAGGCCACAGGAAACGAGGGCACCCACCAUAGUGACAUCCCGAGCUCCCAGUCCCUUAAAGGUCCGUGCCCCCAGUCCCCUAAAGGUCCGCGCCCCCUCCUCGCACCGGGAUGCCCCGGGGGACUCACAGAGCGUGAAAAGCCCACGGGAAGGGAAACGGGGAGCUCUUGGCCGGGGCCCACAGCCCUCACCCCGAAAUUCCUCCAGCCAACCCCCCAUCAAAGGCAGCCCGGGCACAUCCCGGCCCCCCACCCCUCUGGGCCGCUCUGCAGAGGGGUGCAAGGUCUGUGCCGCUGGGGACAUUCCCCAGGGGACACGGCAGUGCCACCCAGCCCCGGACCCAGGGGCUGGCCGUGCUGAAGGACCUCGGGUGGCGGAGGAUGGGGCCGGGGGAGCCUGUGGUUCUGGCAGUGGGGCCGCGGGGCUCCGGGGGUGCUGUGGGAAGGCGCAGCCCCCCGGCUAUGACCGGGUGGUGGAGGAGCUCUCCCGGGGGCCGCAGCCGCUGCGCCCCGUGGGGAUGCGGAGCCAGCUCCCCAAAACACCCGCAGCAGCUGCCGCGCAGCUCCCGAAAUUCCACCUGGAAAUCUGA